AUGAGGACAAAGUCAUGCCUCUUCCACAUGGAGGCUGUUGGACGAUGGGACCAUGGGCAUCCUUACAAGUUUUCGUAUGCGCUCAGCCUCACCAUGACUGUCUUCCUCCUGAAGAUGCUUCUGGCUCCCAUCAAGAGCUGCUCCAAAAAACCGACAUCAGCCAAGGACGAGGUGGACGACGACGACGACGCCGAGUUGGCCCCGAAGACAAUCCUGGAUCAUAUAAUGCCCUGGGUCUUGCUGGUCGUUUUCACAACCUUCGAGAUGUUAAUGGCAACCUUGUCAAGUCUUGGCCUGCUGUAUGGAGCGCCGACGACGGUUUUCGUCGUCUUCAAAAGCUCCAAAGCAGUGUUCAUGGCGCUGAUGUCCGUUGUCAUCUUAGGGCGCAGGCUCAAUGCUCCACAGUGGUGCUCGCUUCUGGUGAUCUCGUCGGCCCUGCUGCUUUCGACGGUGGCGGAAGGCAAAGGUGGAAAGAAGGGCAAAGGGGAGCAUGAGGUAAAUCUCGAAGGUCCCAUGCUCCUGUUGCUGUCCGAGCUGUGCCAUGCCAUGAUGCUCAUCUUUCAGGAGAUCGCCGUGCGUCAGUAUUGGCCCAACCCAGUCAGCUUGCUGAGCUGGUCUGCCUGCUUUGGUGUCUUCCUCACGGCCUGUUCCAUGUACAAGUCCCGCAGCAUCUUUGUGGAUCUCCCAGACGGAGGGCGUCGUCCCUUUGACGAUCCAGCAGACGUGCUAUACAUGAUGUCAACCAGUCCAGCGCUUGCCUUCUGCCUCAUCCUCAAUGUCUCAUCGCAUCUCACUUCCGACGUUGCUCACAUCAUGAUCCUGAAGCACAUCUCUGCCCUGGCGCGGACGCUGUGUGACACACUCAAGAUGAUCAUGAUGUGGCUGCUGGGAAAGGCCUUUUGGCUUCUGGCGAUUCUCCCGCCUUUGGCCGAGCCCUGGCACCCCGGCCUGUUGGGCUCCUGGCUGAUGAUCCCAGCGAUCGGGGCGGUGGUGUACGGAAUGCUCAUGUUCAAGAACGCUGUGUUCGUUCCGAUCAUUUACGCGAAAGACGAAGAUGGAGUGUGGCGGCUCCAGGAGGUGAUGCAGGAGGUCGAGGGUGAAGAUGCAGCGGAGGUUGAAGAGGUUGUCACCAACAUGGACGACCCCUUCUUCAUGGAAGCAUUUCGUUCACAAAAGCUGAAGAAGAGGAACCGACGCCUCCUGAACAAGCUCAAGGCAAAAAAUAUGAUCUCGAAUCUGAAGGGUGCUGCUGCGAAGGCAUGA